CUCACCUCACACUCUCUCUCUUACUCUUCUUCUUCUCUCUCGAAAGACAUCUGCUGGCCAGAUCUUUCCUUCUACUUCUUCAAGUCUUCUAAUCGCACCACACGCUUCACGCACCACUCUCCGCACUUCACCAUGCAGUUCGCCAAGUCCGCCAUCCUCCUCUCGGCCCUCGCUGCCGUUGUCGCCGCCGGCGACACGCAGACCAUCACCUCGGCCGACCAGGACAACAGCAAGAGCACCACGUACCAGUCGGGUGCCGCCGGCAUCGCCUCGUGCCGCCGCGGCAACCUCGACGCCAUGGACCGCCGCUGGACGAUCUCCACUGCCGGUGGCGGCGCGAUCAACAACCAGCAGGGCCUGCUCGGUGUGUGCAACGUCGGCGAGCGUCGCGAGGAGCAUGCCGAUGCGCGCGACGUGAGCGAAGGCGUCCGUACGCUGGGUGUGCUCCAGGCCCGCGGCGGCGACAAGAUGGACGUCCUCUCGGCGGACCAGGACAACAGCUCCUCGCAGACCUUCCAGACGGGCGCAGCCGGCAUCAAGAGCUGCAGCCACGGCGCGAUCGCUCGUGGCCUGGAGGCCCGCUGGGCGAUCACGACCGGCUCCGCGCCCAUCAACAACCAGCAGGGUGUGGUUGGAGCCUGUAACGUGGGAGCUCGUGACGAGGCUGCUCUCCGCCACCUGGGAGUCAUGACUCGCCGCUUUGCCGCCCGCGGCCUGUCGGCUGAGCACCAGGAGCGCGCGGUCGAGUACCUGCGCCGCGAGGCCCAGGACCUGGACCUCCUCGCCUAAGCGCGUGCCACGAUAGAAACUUGAACCUGAGUUCUCUUGUCUCCACUUCAACCGUCCACAUUCGCCACCCAUGUAGACCUGCCCACCGAAGUGCAAUGAAGAGAAGCAGUUUGAGAGA